AUGGCUUCGACGACAGACCUCCCUUCGACAGCACUCUCGGUAACAGUUCAUCCUACUGACCCGAUAACCACUACUAUCACCAACAUCCCGUUACCGACAGCCCUGCAGCCGAAUGAAGUGUUAAUCAAAGUAUAUGCGGCCGCUUCAAACCCGAAAGACUGGCUACACAUAGUAGCCACAGGCGCAUCACUCAAUUCCGGGGAUGAUCUCGCUGGCACUGUGGUAGCAUCUGGGUCAGGGGUAUCCAGAUUUAGCCCUGGUGACCGAGUUGCCGCUUUUCACCCGAUGGGCAAGCGGUACGGAGCCUACGCUCAAUAUGCCAUCGUCCCAGAGCAUACCACUUUCCAUAUUCCUGCCUCCGUGAGCUUUGAAGAAGCCAGUACUAUCCCACUUGUCAGUCUAACGGCUGCUUUGACUUUAUUUCGAAGACAAGGCUUCGUCGCUCCCUGGACCCAGAACGCAGUAGUCCAAAAUCAGAUACCGUUGCUGGUGUAUGCUGCUACCACCUCUCUGGGCACUUUCGCCAUCAAGCUCGCCAAGCUCGCUGGGAUUACACCGAUCGUCGCUAUCGGCGGAGGAAGUAACGACUACCUCAAUGGUGUGCUCGAUCUCCGUCACGACCUGUUUUUCGAUUAUAAAGCGGGGCCAGAAAUACUGAAGGAGCAGAUCCGGAGUGUCGCAGAUGAACGAGAAUUAAUACUGGCGAACGGGAUUGACGCGUUCAGUAAUAACGAAAGCUGGGUCCAUGUCAGCCAGAUGCUUCGGAGGGGAAAGCUCAGCGUCUUCUCGGGAGCCCAAAAAUAUGACGAGGAAGCCAUCUCAAAGGAUGUAGAAAUAGUCUACACCUUUGUUGGCUCUGGCCAUGAAGGUUCGUACAGACAAGGAAUGCCCAAGCAACCUUCGGCUGAGGAUGCGCAUGGCGAUGUUGACUUCGCCAGGAAUUUCUUCGUCUGGCUAGAAGACACCUUGAGACAGGGCAAGUACUCUGGUCAUCCCUACGAAAUCAUUCCUGCAGGCCUCGACGGUGUAUCUGAGGGACUGAACAGGCUUAGGAGCGGUCAAUCCCAGGGCAAGAAGUUAGUGUACCAAGUUGAACACGGCAUCAAGGAAUAG